CACGAACGCAGGCCAAUCUAAGGCCGCAGAAAUCAGAUGAUGAAACUGAAGCGUGAAGAAUCGACUGACGCUAUGCAUCAAUUUUAUAGACGGGCCAAAGACGGCCCAUCUACUCCCUACGCUGUAUUCUCUCCAGCACAUACGUCCUUGAAUCGUGGGCUGCAGGGAACAGCGGUCGCACAUCACCCAGCGCGCAACAGGACAAGAUAACAGCGAUCAACGCGAGGUGGUGUGCGGUACCAAUGGGCGUUGUUCAGCCCCAUCGUGUCGAUUUCCUUGAAGCCUCAGGAAACCACAGCCCCCAACGGGAGUAUCCCGUCUUCCAGCUGACUAGACGUGACAGCAACAGAAACCCACGGGGCUUGCGACGAGUAGAGCUCGUUCGAACGUGUUUUUUCCUCGUAUGCUGGGAGACAGCCGGCCCAAGAGUACAAAUCGAUUUGCGACGCGUUGCUGGAGAAGGGGGAUACAUAAUGUUGUUGUCGAACCGUUGUUGCUGCAGUGCUGGGCCGCAUUGAAAACUCGCGAGAUGAGACUCACGUGGUUUGACAGUAGGCGUUUCUUCCGAACCACUUGGUUUUGCGCGAACGGUUUUGGAUCGAGGUCAACCGUAUGUCUCCGAGAAUUGGCGUUCACCGCCCUCUAUUGAGAAGCACGCCGUCCAUUCGAUAUCGGUGCAGAGCGUGCAAACGUGGUGCAACACGGCAAGAUUCAUCUCAGCUGGGGCAGGAAAGGUCGGAGCGGUGCACUGCAUGACUAGGCAUCGGAUUGGCUAGAGACAGUGCGGUUUGGGGAGGAUCUGCGAGGGAAGUGCAUCACACCGCAUGUGACCAAGUCCCACGGACACAUUCAAGUCGAGUCGUUGGAUCUCCACGACUUCCCAUCUGCUCACCAGGAUCCUUUGGCGAUAUAAGCGAGAAAUGUGCACCUACUGGGACUGACGCUGUAUUACUAGUGCCUGAUGCCAUUGGUCCAUCUUCUGGAAGCACCCGCUGGCACGUCCUGCCAGCAUGCGCCUCUGACCCAUCUUUGCGUCGAGCGCUUGAUUGCUGUCAACUGCGGCAUUGUUCCAUUGAGGCAAUGUGUCUGGAGAAACGCCGCUCUAACACAACUUCCCUCCUGCCUUUGACCAUGCCACAAGCUGACAGACAACAGGCCGAUAAGCAAGAGGCCGAUGAAGCUUAUUCCGAGCGUGAGAGGGCCAGUGGGAACAAGCUUUGGGGUGUCUACAUCUCCGAGGCGCAGAGCUACGAUCAGGGUCUCAUUGAUGGCUGGCGCAGUGAGAUGGAUGGACUAUUAAUCUUCGCCGGUCUCUUCUCCGGCGUCGUCACGACAUUCAUCAUCGAAAGCUACAAGACGCUGAACCCCGACUCGGGCAGCCAGACCGUGGUGUUGCUCAGUCAGACCGUUGUGCUUCUCAACCAAAUCUCGCACCAACUUGGGAACUCGAACAAUGGCACGGCGGUAAUGGACGCACUCCCUCCACCCGCUGUGUUCUCGCCCCCGGCCUCCUCCCUUAUCUGCAACGCACUCUGGUUCACGAGUCUUGCACUCAGCUUGUCGAGCGCCCUUGUCGCGACUCUGGUCGAGCAGUGGGCGCGGGAGUAUCAGCACCGGACUACCAUGUUCUCCUCCCCGUCCAUCCGGUCACGCGUGUACAUGUAUCUGUACUACGGUUUGCGCCGCUUCAAUAUGCAUGCUGUCGUCGGUGUUCCCCCACUUUUGCUGCACGCGGCACUCCUUCUGUUCUUUGCGGGUCUGGUGGCAUUUCUCGUGCCCAUCAACAUCAUCAUCAUGGGGAUCUCCUCCGCUCUUUUGCUCCUGUUCGUCUCCGUCUAUGGAACGUUCACUGCGCUCCCCCUGUUUUUCUUCGACAGUCCGUAUCAGACGCCGCUGUCACGAAUCCUUUGGUCACUGAAGCAAAACUUGGGGCACCGACUGCAGGCUCAUGUUCGAAGGACAGCGGCCAAGGACCCCGAGUCUCUCACCGAUCUUUCUGUCCCUGUAGACACUUGUAUGCAGGCCCAGAGCAUGGUGGAAGCUAUGACUUCAGUGGCACUGCAGUCUACUGUGGACGUAGAGACUCGGGCUCUUGCGUGGGCGAUACGGUCUCUCUCCGACGAUGACGAGUUUCAGCCAUUUGUCGAGGGGCUCACUCAGGCACUAUGGGACUUCGAGAAAAACGAGGGCCGUGCCGCGUAUCGGGCACACUUUGAAAGGUUGCUGCGGGAUCCGCAAGUUCGGCUCUGCCAGCGUCUCGGGGACUUCAUGGCUGGCUCCAACAGCGAUCUGCUUGAGCACCCAGUCCGCCUCCGUCGACAGCUCUCAGUACUCCGGGCACUCUGGGCUGUCUGCGCAUUCUCCAUUGCCUUUGGGUCGCCACUGGAGUGUCCCAUCGGAGAAACCGACGUGAACAGCGCGCUGCUUGGCCCAAAGUUUCUCGGUUCUGCCGAAGUGCAGAUGCUGGUCCCCGGCGUUGCGGCUCUGAUUCGUCUGAAUAUCAUCGAGUUCUGGGCCGCGCAGCCCAACGGAGAAGCGACGCAUCAGGCCCUUGCUCGCCUCGCCAUUAAGACGAUCCGCACGGGGGAUGGCCGCAGCAUCACAACCGCCUUGUUCUUGACAAGUGGCCGCAGCACAUUCGAAGAGGAGAAGCGAUGGGCGUACGCGCAGUAUCUGAUCAAUCUUUCUGAGAGCCCUGCGAGUUUCCAGCGGGAACUGACCCAUUCGCUCUUCCAUCGGUCGCCAGUCCCCUUCCUAGCCGGGGACCAAGACCCUGUCAUGGUAGAAGCCCUGGAAUUGUUGAUUGGAAUAGAGUCCGAAGAGAAAACGGACAAUCAUGUCUUCGCUGCUCGCCAGAUGAUCUGCGCAAUUGCUCAGACGUCAACAUAUCCACCUCCUUCGGCGCAUGAAUCCGAGUAUAUGCUGCCAACCGGUCUUGCACCGUUCCUUGUCCGACAUCCUUCCCUCGCUAUUUUUAUGCCCGGCUCUGUCUGGCAGCCCGAUCUGGAGGAAAAGUACACCCGAUACCUGUGCAACUGCAUGCUUUUCAACCUAGUACACCAACUCGAUUUACAAGCAUCAGUGGACUCCCUCAAGCUGAUCUAUUAUCAUUUGGACGACAUUCACUCAAAACACUUGGAGGACCUCGAUGCCCAUUUGCUGACGCUCCACACCCUGCGGAGUUCGAGCGCUCGCACAGCAUGCAUCCACGUACAUCAUGUGGUUGCCCUAGUUCAGAGCGUUGCGGUUUGCUGCAUCUCGUGGGAUUUAUCGGAAGCGACGAGAGGGCUGGGUGUCUUUGACGACGAGGACUGGUUUCGUACGGUGAUACGCCUAGACGACAAGAAGUGGAUGGAGCGGAGAUUAACGCGGGAAGAUGAUACAGUUCCCAUCUUCAUUCGCAGCUGUGCGCUUUUUGGCGUCAUCACCACUUUCCUCGAGCAGUGCGCUCAGAAUCCAGACCAAAUGGAACUCGACUUCGACUUCGAAACGCUCACGUUGAUGAUCCAACGAGCCAUGGUUUCGGGAUUGGGGUGGAGUCUGGUGCUCCCGACGAAAAUUCAACGUCGAUUCGCCGUUGCCGUCUCUGCAUUCCUCCAUAAAUAUCCAGAGGACAGUCUUGCGGAAGACAGGAGGCUCGGCCGGCUGCUUUGCAGCGCCAUCAGUCCUCCAUCCUUUCAAGAUCCUCUGGGUUUUGAGAGCCGAGGGUGGAUCAAUGACCCGGUUGCAUUGCAGGUCCUGGACAGGGCUGUUUUUGACACGCAGAAGGACUACGAACAGCCAACGCACCAGUACAAUGCUCAAAAGAUCCGCAAACGGAUUCAAAUGUGGCUCUAUCUUCCCGAGAACAUUUUUGCUGACUUUGUCUCGCUAGUUACUGAUGGAAGCUGAAGGACCAUCGUAGAGAAUUGUUGUUUUCUCUGUGCUUGACUCAAGGAAAUCCUUGAUUUGCCUUGAAGAUGAUUCCCCAAAUUAACAUUGACUGAUUCGGAUGCAGUCGUGCUGGAAUCAGGACAGUCGCUGAGCAUUAAUGAAUUCCAAGAUUCGGAGAUCU